AUGUCUGUCAAUGGGGGACGCAGGGGGGAGGGGGGGGGGGACGCAGGGGGGAGGGGGGGGGGACGCAGGGGGAGGGGGGGGGGGGGGAGGGGGGGGAGGGGGGGGGCCAUAAUAAUUUCAGAGCUGGUUGUCUCUGAGGACAGUUCAGAGCUGGUUGUCUCUGAGGACAGUUCAGAGCUGGUUGUCUCUGAGGACAGUUCAGAGCUGGUUGUCUCUGAGGACAGUUCAGAGCUGGUUGUCUCUGAGGACAGUUCAGAGCUGGUUGUCUCUGAGGACAGUUCAGAGCUGGUUGUCUCUGAGGACAGUUCAGAGCUGGUUGUCUCUGAGGACAGUUCAGAGCUGGUUGUCUCUGAGGACAGUUCAGAGCUGGUUGUCUCUGAGGACAGUUCAGAGCUGGUUGUCUCUGAGGACAGUUCAGAGCUGGCUCCUCGUGAGUGGGUGAAGCCUGGAGUGAUCAGGGAGAUGGGGGGGUGUGGGGGGGUGAGGAGGGGGCGGGGGGGUGAUGGGGGGGGCGGGGGGGUUAGGGGGGGGGGCCCUGGUUGCUCCCGUUGGCAGUGGACAGCAGUCGGCGGCGGAGGAUGGAGGCAAGAGCUGAGGCUAGAGCUGAGGCUAGAGCUGGGGCUAGAGCUGAGGCUAGAGCUGAGGCAAGAGCUGAGGCUAGAGCUGAGGCUAGAGCUGAGGCUAGAGCUGAGGCUAGAGCUGAGGCUAGAGCUGAGGCUAGAGCUGAGCCAAGAGCUGAGGCUAGAGCUGAGGCUAGAGCUGAGGCUAGAGAUGAGGCUAGAGCUGAGGCUAGAGCUGAGGCUAGAGCUGGGGCUAGAGCUGGGGCUAGAGCUGAGGCUAGAGCUGAGGCUAGAGCUGAGGCUAGACCUGGGGCUAGAGCUGAGCCAAGAGCUGAGGCUAGAGCUGAGGCUAGAGCUGAGGCUAGAGCUGGGGCUAGAGCUGAGGCUAGAGCUGAGGCUAGAGCUGAGGCUAGAGCUGAGGCUAGACCUGGGGCUAGAGCUGAGGCUAGAGCUGAGGCUAGAGCUGAGGCUAGAGCUGAGGCUAGAGCUGGGGCUAGAGCUGAGCCAAGAGCUGAGGCUAGAGCUGAGGCUAGAGCUGAGGCUAGAGCUGAGGCUAGAGCUGGGGCUAGAGCUGGGGCUAGAGCUGAGGCUAGAGCUGAGGCUAGAGCUGAGGCUAGAGCUGGGGCUAGAGCUGAGGCUAGAGCUGGGGCUAGAGCUGAGGCUAGAGCUGGGGCUAGAGCUGAGGCUAGAGCUGAGGCUAGAGCUGAGGCUAGAGCUGAGGCUAGAGCUGGGGCUAGAGCUGAGGCUAGAGCUGGGGCUAGAGCUGGGGCUAGAGCUGAGGCUAGAGCUGAGGCUAGAGCUGAGGCUAGAGCUGAGGCUAGAGAUGAGGCUGGAGCUGGGGCUAGACCUGAGGCUAGAGCUGGGGCUAGAGCUGAGGCUAGAGCUGAGGCUAGAGCUGAGGCUAGAGCUGGGGCUAGAGCUGAGGCUAGAGCUGAGGCUAGAGCUGAGGCUAGAGCUGGGGCUAGAGCUGAGGCUAGAGCUGAGGCUAGAGCUGAGGCUAGAGCUGGGGCUAGAGCUGAGGCUAGAGCUGGGGCUAAAGCUGAGGCUAGAGCUGAGGCUAGAGCUGGGGCUAGAGCUGAGGCUAGAGCUGAGGCUAGAGCUGAGGCUAGAGCUGAGGCUAGAGCUGGGGCUAGAGCUGAGCCAAGAGCUGAGGCUAGAGCUGAGGCUAGAGCUGAGGCUAGAGCUGGGGCUAGAGCUGAGGCUAGAGCUGAGGCUAGAGCUGGGGCUAGAGCUGAGGCUAGAGCUGAGGCUAGAGAUGAGGCUAGAGCUGAGGCUAGAGCUGAAGCUAGAGCUGGGGCUAAAGCUGAGGCUAGAGCUGAGGCUAGAGAUGAGGCUAGAGCUGAGGCUAGACCUGAGGCUAGAGCUGAGGCUAGAGCUAAAGCUGAGGCUAGAGCUGAGGCUAGAGAUGAGGCUAGAGCUGAGGCUAGAGCUGGGGCUAGAGCUGAGCCUAGAGCUGAGGCUAGAGCUGAGGCUAGAGCUGAGGCUAGACCUGAGGCUAGAGCUGAGGCUAGAGCUGAGGCUAGAGCUGAGGCUAGAGCUGAGGCUAGAGCUGGGCUAG